AUGACCCACCAAAAUCAUUUAAAUGUCAACCCGAACUAUAACUCGCACACUGCAAGCAAUGUAAAUCACAUUAGAAAUACGCACACACAGCCUCCAACUACUCCUAGUCUUUCCGUCGCUCCACCAUUCACACCACUUCGAUGGUACUACCUGACAAGAUUCCAGCCGCAUGAAACUCCCGAAAAUGUGAUUUCGUACAUCACAAGCAAGAUCAAUUGCGAUCGAAAUUUGAUCAACUGCCACAAGCUGGUGCGAGACAGUCGCGACGAAAAUACGCCACUAACUUUCGUAUCCUUCAAAAUCAACGUUCCUGCUGCAGCAGAAACUACCGUAACAGAUCCCAACUUUUGGCCCACUGGUGUUUCAAUUAAGCCAUUUUUCAUGCGAAGCAAUCAAAAUUUUUUAUCAGCACGCCGCAACAGAUUUGCCAUUCAAAACACUCCCUCUCCGCGCCAACGUGCAGCCACUCAAAUCGAUCGUCCGCACCGCCAGCAACAGAUGACAUCACUUGUACACCCUCGAUCACAAUCAAACCAAAUAAUGUCCCCACUAAUUCCGUACCAGCCAACUCAAGUUCAAGCCCAAUCGUUUCCCAAAACCACCAGAAACGUUGGCGGUAUCAACACUAGCAUCUCUAACUAUCGUCUCGCCAGCUCCGAUGCUUGUUAUGAUGCGUACGCUCUUACCGAAACAUGGUUAAAAGAAGACACGGUUUCUUCUCAAAUUUUUGGAUCCUCUUUCAACGUUUUUCGCUUGGACCGUAACCCUAACAAUAGCAGGAAAAAGUCAGCUACAAGCGACAGUGGAGUCGCUAGGCUUAUCGAUGGUUAUAACUUGGCGCGUGUAUCCCAGUUGAAUUUUGUACAUAACAAUAACGGUCGGAUGCUUGAUCUUUGUUACGGUAGCAUUGAUGGAGAUGUAGACUUUUCAUUGAUCGAAGCACCUUCACCACUAGUAAAAUCUUCGAUUCACCAUCCUGCGCUGCUGGUCGAAGUAAGCGGUGUCUCACAAUGUGUGUUUUCGGAUCCCGUUGAAGCUGUUUACUAUGACUUCAAGAAUGGCAAUUAUAUGGAUAUGAAUGCAUUCCUCUCCAGCGUUAAUUGGAAUGAGCACAUCGAUCAAGACCUCAAUUCAUCAGUGACCCGUUUCUCCAACAUCGUAUUAUAUGCAAUAGAUCAAUUCAUUCCAAAACGUUCCAGUAAAUCGCCGCCUAAUCCACCAUGGGGAAACAACUAUCUUAAGUGCCUGAAAAGACGUAAACGGUCUGCUUUACGUAAAUACUCGAAAUAUAAAAGCCACCAGUGCAAACUCAACUAUAACUCAAUCAACGCUCGCUACAAGCGCUUGAACAAAAAACUGUACAUCGCUCAUCAACGAAAAGUGCAAAUAAAACUGCGCCAUAAUCCCAAAGGAUUCUGGAACUACGUCAACCAACAACGAAAAGAAUCUGGUCUUCCCACUGUCAUGACCAAUGGGAAUAUCGAAUGUUCAUCGACAAAAGACAUCUGUAAUUUAUUUCAACAGCAAUUCUCGAAUGUGUUCACCGACGAUUCCCUGGAAUUACACCAAAUCAAUGAAGCCGCUAACAACGUCCCUGUUCGUCCUCCAGUUGGAAACCACCCAAUCGUCGAUGCAGACACAGUAGCUGAUAUUUGCUGUACCGUAAAAGCUUCGACUAGUUGUGGACCAGAUGGAAUUCCUGCGUACGUCUUGAAGAAUUGUUCUAAUAGCCUAUCCGUACCUCUAGCCAGUCUCUUCAACGAAUCGCUUCAAGUCGGAACGUUUCCGGAGCAAUGGAAGAAAUCUUACAUAUUCCCGGUCUUUAAAAAAGGAAAUAAGCGUGAUGUCAGCAAUUACCGUGGUAUAGCCGCACUUUGCGCCACCUCAAAGCUGUUUGAGAAAGUAGUCUAUAAGUUCUUAUUUCACAAUUAUCAAGAUUUCAUCUCCGAGCAUCAACACGGUUUUAUGCCAAGGCGUUCAACGAAUACGAAUCUGACUCUCUACACGUCAUUCAUCGCCCAAUCUUUGCAGAAAAGAUAUCAAGUUGACUCUAUCUACACUGAUUUUUCGGCUGCCUUCGAUAAAAUCAAUCACAGGAUUACAAUUGCCAAGUUUGAACGCCUAGGUUUUUCCGGAUCCUUUCUGUUAUGGCUUGAAUCCUACCUAACUGGUCGAGAAAUGGCAAUCAUCAUUGGACCUCGCAACUCAACUCAACCUCAACCUCGCAAUACUUUGGUGUUACGUCAGGUGUGCCACAAGGUAGUCACUUAG